CAACAACAAAUCGAGACAGAAUUUGCCGCAGUUUCCUCUCUCGUCUCUCCUUCUCUCUCCUCCUCACGCCACACUUUCUCAUUCUCUCUCUCUCUCGUUCGUUGUUCUGCAACAGUUAACAAUGGCGUCAGGUUCGAAGCAGAACCCUUCUUCUUCAAAACCCCCAAGGCAUCCAUCUCCCAUCACUGCCUCAAUUCCCUCUAAAUUCGGUGUACCAGAAGAAUCCCAAUCUCGAAACCCUAAUAAUAACCCGUCGAGCUCGCCGAUUUCGAUGGCGGUAGAGGAUCAGAUCCUGGGACGUUCCACUCACCUCACCCGCCCCGAGCUUCUCCGACGCAGAUCGCACAAUUUAAAGCAGCUCGCCAGGUGCUAUAGAGACCAUUACUGGGCUCUGAUGGAGGAUCUCAAGGCGCAACACAGAUAUUACAGCUGGAACUAUGGUGUUAGUCCUUUCAAAGAUGAGAAUCAUCAGCAAAACAAGAGACGUAAGGUAGAAGGAGGACACACUGGGGAUGAAAUUGAAGGUAGCGGAGACAAUGAUAAUAACAACAGCAACGAUGGCGUUAAAAGUGGUAACUGUGUGGCUUGUGGUAGUGGAUGCAAAUCCAAGGCUAUGGCACUCACCAAUUACUGUCAGCUUCAUAUUCUCAUGGAUAAAAAACAGAAGCUUUACACGUCUUGUACUUACGUCAAUAAGAGAGCUCAGUCAAAAGCAAUAACUUGUCCAAAACCAACACUUGCAUCGACUGUUCCUGCCCUGUGUAACGUGCACUUCCAGAAAGCACAAAAGGAUGUUGCUCGUGCUUUGAAGGAUGCUGGUCAUAAUGUUUCUUCAGCAAGCAGGCCUCCCCCGAAACUCCAUGACAUAGUAGCCGCAUUUGUGCAUCAUAUUCAAACAAAAAGAAAAGAUCCACGAAAAGAGGCCAAAUUGAAAAGCUUAGUGAAAGAAGAAAUUACAAGCUAAAUCAAACAGUUUGAGUAAACAGAAGCUGUUUGUUUCCACAAUUGUGCAAAAAGGAAGGUUCGUAAUGACAUUGACCAUUUGACCGACCUUGCUUCUGCAAUGACAUUGACAGAUUGAGCUGUGAGCGCCUUUACAAGGGGCUUCAGUCAAGCGGGGAGCAACAUUGACUCAGGUGGUUUAGUUAAGUCAUCUAGAUGGAAAUGAGGAUAUCUUUGGAUAUCAUCAGGCACUAUGAUAGUACCAGUAUCUAGGUCUAUAGUAGAAUUCACAAGUCCUAACAGUGUGUUCCUGUGACAAACUUGAUUCAGACAUGGUUAUAGCAGUUGACACUCGAUGUUUUUGAGCUACUGGUAGCUUUCAUGGCUAUGUGAAAAAACGAUGUUCUGUGUGUUGUUCGCUGCUACUCGAUCUAAAUCAAUUUGUUUGUUUUUGCAGUCUUCUCUGAAUUUAAGACUUGAUUUAUUGCAAAA